AUGUCGUUUCUUGGAGGUCCAGAGUGCUCGACAGCCGGCAAUCCCCUCACCCAAUUCGCAAAGCACACCCAGAAUGACAACACACUUCAACGAGACCGGUUGGUCGGGCGUGGGCCGGGCGGCGUCGAGGAGAGCAUGCGCUCGCGGACCGCGCCCAAUGGAUCUGACCAGAUGAUGAACAACUUCAUGCAGUCACAGACUCCUCAGGCCUUCGCCAUGGACCAGAUGCGACAGGACUUACCACACGCACAACCCCUCGUGCGGCGGACGCCUUCGCCUGGCUGGCAGGCGGAGUACGAUCCUGGACAGCAAGCGAGGAUGGAGGCGGCCUUCACAAACUCGCAAACAGCACCGCAGCGGCACAACAAUUUCAACCCCGCAGAAUUCCAACGGUUUCAGCACUCAGGUACUUCCAGCGCCCAGCAGAGCUCGACGCCGGUUCAGCAGACCCCAGCGUAUGCGCCCAGCUUCCAGAGCCCAAUGAAUAUGGGUUACAUGAAUAGUGGUAUGGGCAUGGGCAUGGGCUACAGCGGUAUGCAGAUGCACCAGCAACCAGCCAUGGCACCAGGCAAGGGAAAGGAAAGGAUGGUUGAGCUAGACGACAAGAAUUGGGAAGAGCAAUUUGCACAACUCGACCAAGAUACGCUGUCCGAGGAAGCAAACUUGGCGAUGGAGAGAGAAUUGGAAGAGGUUGACAGGUUAGUUGCUCUUGAGAAUGCUCUUUUCGGCGACGUGGAUCGAACAAUGACAGAGUCUGAACUGAUGAUCAUCAGGAAAAUGACCGAAGACGUGGACUUCGAUAAUGCAUUCUCCCACGAAGAUCUGAACGCAUGGGAGAACUUCGAUUCCUCGUUAGGCAUGGGCAACGGUGCGUGGGCCAGGGAACCGAUGCUUGGCGACUACAUGUUCGAACAAAAUAAUCCUUUCCUAGAGAACGAAAACGCUACACGAUCGGCCUUCGAUCAAGGCAUCGAGAUACUACGAUCACACGGCAAUCUCUCACUAGCCGCACUGGCAUUCGAGGCCGCUGUACAGCAAGAUCCUAAUCACGUAGAAGCUUGGGUAUACCUUGGUUCCGCACAAGCACAAAACGAAAAAGAAUCGCCGGCAAUACGUGCCUUGGAAAGAGCGAUCACCUUGGAUCCAAACAAUCUGGACGCAUUAAUGGGCCUGGCUGUAUCUUACACCAACGAGGGCUACGAGACUACCGCAUAUCGGACACUGGAACGAUGGCUGAGCGUGAAAUAUCCUCAAAUACAUCCUCCAGAGCAGGUCUCGGAAGCGUCGGAUAUUGGUUUCACGGAACAGGCUAUAAUUCACGAAAAGGUGACGAACUUGUUCAUCAAGGCUGCACAACUCUCGCCGUCCGGUGCACAGAUGGAUCCAGACGUGCAGGUUGGACUGGGCGUGCUGUUUUACGGAGACGACGAUUUUGAAAAGGCGGUGGAUUGCUUCAAUGCAGCCCUAGCAUCACACGAAACCGGACUGACCAACAGCGAGAGCCAAGUCCAUCUCCUCUGGAAUCGGUUAGGAGCCACUCUAGCGAAUUCCGGAAAAUCAGAAGAUGCGAUCGCUGCAUACUGCAAAGCAUUGGAACACAACCCCAAUUUCGUCCGGGCACGUUAUAACCUAGGUGUCUCCUGCAUCAACAUAGGAUGUUACCCAGAAGCAGCCAGCCACUUGUUAGGUGCUCUCAACUUACACAGGGUAGUCACAGACGAGGGCCUGGACAAGGCGAGGGAGAUCCUUCGAGAUGGGAACGGUAACGAUGUGCCCGAUGCAGAGCUAGAGAGAAUGAUUCAGCAAAACGAGAGCACAAAUCUCUAUGAUACCUUGAAGCGAGCGUUGAGCGGCAUGGGACGGCGAGAUCUGAUGGAAAGAGUUGGCACGGGCAUGAAUUUGGAUCAGUUCAGAGGCGAGUUUGAUUUCUAG